AUGCUUGUGGACGAGGAGGAUCCCUUAGUUAUAGCUUCUGAAGAUACCGCAGCAGUUGGCAACUCCCCUUUGGGUACUAGGCGCACAACGCUCUCCCCUUCCACCACACAGCAGGCGGAUAGUAAAUAUAAUGUGUCGCCGUGUAGCGACUUAUAUACGAUGGAAUCAUGUGUGGGUCCUUAUACAAGGCAUGCUACCGAGACAACUAAAGGAGAUGGUGGAAGUCCAAGGACGAUUACCCAACAUCGUGUAGUGGGUGAGGGGGGACCUUCAGAGCGAGGCAAGGAGGUUGUAUCGUCGCCCGCUGAACCCAGUGUCGUCAAUAGUGAUCAGGAAAAGACGCGCAUUCUUAAUGAGGAGAAUUCNNNNACGCUACUUCAACAUUACUUAUGUUAA